AUGGCAGACAGGCAAGAUCUCAGCCAUGAAGCUGGACUGGGUUUUAGGAGCCAUGGAAGCACAGCAGAUGGUGAGGAACCAACUUCAGCAGGACCUUGCCAUCCAAACCCUUGCCACAACAGAGGGACAUGUGAGAUCAGCGAGACCUACAGGGGAGACACAUUCAUUGGUUACGUCUGCAAGUGUCCCCCGGGCUUCAGUGGAGUUCACUGCCAACAUAAUAUUAACGAAUGUGAAAGGGACCCAUGCAAGAACGGAGGCAUUUGCACAGAUCUGGUUGCCAACUAUUCCUGCGAAUGCCCAGGGGAGUACAUGGGGAGGAACUGUCAAUACAGAUGCUCUGGACCACUGGGCAUGGAGGGCGGUAUCAUCUCCAACCAACAGAUAACAGCCUCUUCCACCCACCGCGCUCUCUUCGGCUUGCAGAAGUGGUACCCGUACUUUUCACGCCUCAACAAGAAGGGCCUGGUCAAUGCCUGGACUGCUGCCGAAAAUGACAGAUGGCCGUGGAUCCAGAUAAACCUGCAGAGGAGAAUGAGGGUCACAGGUCUAAUUACCCAGGGUGCAAAACGUAUCGGCAGCCCAGAGUACGUCAAGUCUUACAAAGUAGCCUACAGUGAUGACGGGAAAACCUGGAGAACAUACAAAGUCAAGGGCAAAGAUGAUGAUAUGAUUUUCAGAGGAAACGUCGAUAACAACGCUCCAUCAGCCAACUCUUUCACCCCUCCUAUUGAGGCCCAGUAUGUGCGCAUUUAUCCCCAAGUCUGCAGGAGGCACUGUACCUUACGCAUGGAGCUGCUUGGUUGUGAGUUAACAGGCUGCUCCGAGCCACUGGGAAUGAAGUCAGGCCAUAUCCAGGACUAUCAGGUCAUGGCUUCCAGCAUCUUCAGGACGCUCAACAUGGACAUGUUCACUUGGGAGCCUGGAAAGGCUCGGCUGGACAAACAGGGCAAGGUCAAUGCUUGGACAGCUGGACACAGUGACCAGUCCCAGUGGCUACAGGUGGACUUGCGUGUGCCUACCAAGGUCACAGGUAUAAUUACCCAGGGAGCUAAAGACUUUGGCCAUGUCCAGUUUGUUGGCUCUUACAAACUGGCAUACAGUAAUAAUGGAGAGCGGUGGAAAGUAUAUCAAGAUGAGAAACAGGGGAAGGACAAGGUAUUCCAAGGGAACUUUGACAACGACACACACCGAAAGAAUGUGAUAGAUCCACCCAUCUACGCUCGACUCAUCCGGAUCCUUCCCUGGUCAUGGUACGGCAGGAUCACUUUGCGUGCAGAAGUACUCGGAUGCACAGAGGAAGAGUGA